CAAUUCCAAUCGCGUGUUGUCGAGAUGCAAACGCUGUCUGCUGCCCCCAAGAUCGUGAAAUCGCUUAAGAACCGCGAUCCAAAACCGUAACGCCGCCAAUCAGCGAACAAUUGAAUACUCGAAUAUUCGAAGUCAACAAAAAUAUAUAUAUAUACUCGUAUAUAUAAAAUAAUAGGAUCGGGCAUUAACACACCGAAGCAUAUCAAUUUCUAUAUAAAAAUAUAAUUGGGUGCCACAAUCGAUCGCAACGACAUUCUAAGUGUGAGAUACGAAUGGAUUAAACUCAUCUAUUAUAUACUUAACUGGAUUCCACGAAAGUACAAAAAACACGAUCUCAAAAUGUCGAAACAAACAGAAGUGCCAAAGGAGUCGAAAAAGCAGCGCCAAACCAAGCUGCCAGAUUUGGGUGACUUUCAGGUGCAGAAAAAAACAGGAGAUGCAACGGCGGAGCCUGAUAAAAAGUACAAUUAUUUUAAUUUGUUUCGCUACUCAACUGUCGGAGAGCGCUUCCUGCUCGCCCUUAGCAUGAUUGUGGCAACCCUGGCAUCUGUUUUCAUACCAUACUUCAUAUUGAUCUAUGGCGAAUUCACAUCCCUGCUCAUUGAUCGCAAUGUGCGCGAGGGCACCUCGUCCCCAACUUUUAUACUUGCUCUCUUUGGAGGCGGCAGGCGACUCACCAAUCCCGGCGUGGAGGAGAACAGACAGGCAAUCAUAGAUGAUGCGGUUGCCUUUGGCAUUGGCAGUUUGGUGGGUUCGGUGAUAAUGUUGAUGCUGAUUAUAAUUGCGAUAGAUGUUUCGAAUCGUGUGGCCUUAAAUCAAAUCAAUCGAAUACGCAAGCUCUUUCUGGAGGCGAUAUUGCGCCAGGAUAUGUCCUGGUAUGACACCACAUCGGGCACCAAUUUUGCCAGCAAAAUGACUGAGGAUCUGGAUAAGGUAAAGGAGGGCAUUGGCGAGAAGGUGGCAAUUGUGACUUUCCUCAUCAUGACCUUUGUGAUGGGCAUUGUUGCCUCGUUUAUCUAUGGCUGGAAGCUGACGCUAGUGGUGCUCACCUGCUGUCCCUUCAUUGUAUUAUCCACAGCCAUGGUGGCGAAAAUUCAGAGCUCCCUUGCCGAAAAGGAGCUGAAGGCCUACUCGGAUGCUGGCAGUGUCGCCGAAGAGGUCUUCAGCGGGAUACGCACUGUGCUCGCUUUCAGUGGGGAGCGCAAGGAGAACGAGCGAUUUGGCAAGCUGCUGGUGCCCGCUGAGGUAACCGGUCGCAAGAAGGGUCUCUAUUCGGGCAUCGGGGCUGGCGUUAUGUGGCUGCUCAUCUAUGGCUGCAUGGCCAUUGCCAUUUGGUAUGGCGUCAAUCUCAUUCUCGAUGAGCGCGAUCAGGUGGACCGACAUUAUACGCCAGCGGUGCUGGUCAUCGUUCUAUUUGCCGUCAUUAUGGGCGCUCAGAAUUUGGGCUUCUCGUCGCCGCAUGUGGAUUCCUUUGGCAUUGCUGUGGGUGCUGCCCGCAAUCUCUUUAGGAUUAUCGAUCGCAAGUCUGAAAUAGAUCCAAUGGUUGAGCACGGCCUCAAGCCGAAUGGCAUUGCAGGACGUCUACGCUUUGAGGACAUACACUUUCGGUACCCCUCCCGUCCAGAUGUUCAAAUCCUAAAUGGGUUGACAGUGGAUGUGGAACCGGGUCAGACGGUGGCUUUUGUUGGCGCUUCUGGCUGUGGCAAGAGCACCGUUAUCCAGCUAAUGCAGCGCUUCUACGAUCCAGAACAGGGCAGCGUCAAACUGGAUGGCCACGAUCUCAGAACAUUGAAUGUGGCCUGGCUGCGCGCCCAGAUUGGCGUCGUUGGCCAGGAGCCGGUCCUGUUCGCGACCACAAUCGGUGAGAACAUACGCUUCGGCAAUCCGCUGGCCACACAAUCGGAGAUUGAGCGUGCAGCCCGCAAUGCCAAUUGCCACGAGUUCAUCAGCAAGCUGCCCAAAGGCUACGACACGAAGGUGGGUGAGCGUGGUGCCCAAAUGUCUGGCGGUCAAAAGCAGCGCAUUGCUAUUGCCCGGGCGCUGGUGCGCAACCCGCAGAUCCUGUUGCUGGAUGAGGCAACAUCGGCAUUGGACCCCACCUCCGAGAAGCGUGUACAGGAUGCAUUGGAGCUUGCCAGCCAGGGGCCAACCACCCUGGUUGUUGCACAUCGCCUAUCGACUGUGACUAAUGCCGACAAAAUUGUGUUUGUUAAGGACGGCCGGGUGGCUGAGCAGGGCACACACGACGAGCUCAUGGACAAGGGUGGUUUGUACUGUGAGCUGGUUAACAUCACUCGUCGCAAGGAGGCCAGCGAGGGUGCGGACCUUGACGAAAAGGAUUCAGCCAGCGGUAUGGUUAAAGUGCCGCUGUCAAAACACAGGGAGGAUGACAUCCUCGAUGAUGACGAUGAUGGGGUUGACGACGACGACGACGAGGAUGGAGAUGAGGACAUCGAUGAAACUGUGGCGCCAACAAGCAACAGCAAGGAAGACGGCUUCAGUGUCAGUUCACGUAGUAAACGUCGCUCGCAGCGUCGCAAGAAGAAGAAAAAGUUGGAUGAGCCAAAAGUCAGCUUUAUGCAGCUAAUGAAACUGAAUGCACCCGAAUGGCGCUACAUGUUGUGGGGCUGUGUGGCUGCUGCCAUGCACGGCACCACAUUUCCACUGUGGGGUCUCUUCUUUGGCGACUUCUUCGGCAUCCUGGGCUACGCAGAUGAGGAUCUGGUGCGCAAAAGGGGCAACGAUAUCUCCUUCAUAUUCCUUGGCAUCGGCGUAAUGGCCGGCGUGGGCACAAUGCUGCAGAGCUACAUGUUUACAACGGCGGGCGUUAAAAUGACUACCCGCCUCAGGAAGACCGCCUUCAAGACGAUUAUGUCGCAGGAGGUGGCCUUCUUUGAUGAUGAACGCAAUUCGGUGGGUGCACUGUGCGCCCGACUUGCCGGCGACUGUUCCAAUGUCCAGGGGGCAACUGGUGCACGUGUUGGCAUCAUGCUGCAAGCUGUUGUUACCCUGGCCGUUGGCAUGAUAAUUGGCUUCAUCUACUCCUGGCAGCAGACGCUUUUGACCCUUGUCACGCUGCCCUUCCUCUGCUUGUCUGUGUAUCUCGAGGGUCGCUUCAUAGCGAAGAAUGUGCAAUGGGCCAAGAUGGCCAUCGAGGAGGCCUCCCAGGUGGCUGUUGAGGCCAUUGCAAAUAUACGCACUGUCAACGGCUUGGGACUGGAGCAAAUGGUGCUGGAGCGCUACAUCAGCCAGAUUGAUCAGGUGGAUAUCGCUUCGCGCAGAAAGGUGCGUUUCCGUGGCUUGGUCUUUGCAUUGGGGCAAGCGGCGCCGUUUCUGGCUUAUGGAGUGAGUCUUUACUAUGGUGGCCUGUUGUUCGCCGAUGGUCUGCUGCCGUAUGAGGAUAUCAUCAAGGUGGCCGAGGCACUGAUCUUUGGCUCCUGGAUGCUGGGUCAGGCACUGGCCUACGCUCCAAAUGUGAACGAUGCCAUUAUUUCUGCCGGACGGCUGAUGAAGCUGUUCGAGCAGGUACCCAAACAGUCCAAUCCGCCACUCAAUCCCUACAACACGGCCGAGAAAUCCGAAGGUGAUAUUGUGUAUGAGAAUGUUUGCUUUGAGUAUCCCACGCGCAAGGAUACCCCGAUAUUGCACAGCUUGAAUCUCUGCAUUAAGAAGAACACCACGGUGGCUCUGGUGGGCCCCUCCGGUUCCGGCAAAUCCACUUGCAUACAGCUGCUGUUGCGCUACUAUGAUCCCGUCUCGGGCUCCGUGAAUUUGAGUGGUGUGCCCAGCACAGACUUUCCGCUGGACACGCUGCGCUCCAAGCUCGGCCUCGUCUCGCAGGAGCCGGUGCUGUUCGAUCGGACGAUUGCCGAGAAUAUUGCCUAUGGCAACAAUUUCCGCGACGAUGUGCCCAUGCAGGAGAUUAUCGAGGCGGCCAAAAAAGCCAACAUACACAAUUUCAUUAGCUCCCUGCCCCAGGGCUAUGAGACACGGCUGGGCAAGACAUCACAGUUGUCCGGUGGCCAGAAACAGCGCGUUGCCAUUGCUCGGGCAUUGGUGCGCAAUCCAAAGAUAUUGAUUUUAGACGAGGCGACAUCCGCGUUGGAUCUGGAGAGCGAGAAGGUGGUGCAGCAGGCACUCGACGAGGCACGCGCCGGACGCACUUGCGUCACAAUUGCACAUCGAUUGAGCACCGUGCGUGAUGCGGAUCUGAUUUGUGUACUCAAGAAGGGCAUCGUUGUGGAGCAGGGCACCCACGAUCAUCUAAUGGGACUCAACGGCAUCUAUGCUAAUCUCUAUAUGAUGCAGCAGGUGGCUGGUUAGAAGAAAAACCCACUCCACUUCGUUUGUUUCUUUACUAUUGAUUAUUAGUCCUAACACAUCAAUUGUUGUUUUAUUAAAGCUCUAAGCAAUAUUGUUACAUAACUAUA